GCAGAUUCUGUUUGAACCGAAAGCGGAGUGUGACCUUCCCAUGCGGCGGAGACCGGCAGGAGACAGAGCGAGAGGACCCAUGUCAGCACUCCCGUCCACAACCCUCGUCACGGAGAUGAACAGCAACUUAGCUGGAGAUGAAAUCGGGAAGCUUUUUGUGGGUGGAUUGGAUUGGAGCACCACCCAGGGUGGAUACGGCUCAAUGGAAAGAGCAGUGCGAGCAUAAAGCAGAGACAUUACGAAACUACUUUUGUCAGUAUGGAGAGGUUGUGGAUUGUGUCAUCAUGAAAGAUAAAAGCACAAAUCAAUCCAGGGGCUUCGGCUUUGUGAAGUUUAAAGACCCCAACUGCGUACGGACUGUCCUGGACACCAAACCUCAUAGCUUGGAUGGUAGAAAUAUUGAUCCAAAACCAUGUACGCCUAGAGGUAUGCAGCCUGAAAAGACUCGGGCAAAAGAUGGCUGGAAAGGAAGCAAAAGUGACAGCAAUAAAUCUAAGAAGAUAUUUGUGGGUGGAAUUCCUCAUAAUUGCGGAGAAGCUGAACUCAGGGAAUAUUUCAACAGAUUUGGAGUGGUCACAGAGGUGGUAAUGAUCUAUGAUGCAGAGAAACAGAGGCCUCGAGGUUUUGGAUUUAUUACUUUCGAGGCCGAACAAUCAGUGGACCAGGCUGUCAACAUGCAUUUUCACGACAUCAUGGGCAAAAAAGUUGAAGUGAAGAAGGCGGAGCCUCGGGACAGCAAAGCUCCCGCCUCCGGUCAGCUGGGAGCUAAUCAGUGGGGGACCCGAGCCAUCAUAAGUGCAGCCAAUGGCUGGGCAGCACAACCGGCUCCGAGCUGGCAGCAGAGCUACGGGCCUCAGGGUGUUUGGGUGUCUACAGGUCAACCUCUUGCUGGGUAUGGACCUCCUUUGACUGCUGGCCGAGGGGCACCCACACAGCCUCCCUCUCCAUUUAAUGCAUUUAUAGUCGCAGCGCCACCUACAGGGGGAUUCGGGGCACCUCAGGGAUAUCCCCAACAGGGCUUUAGCACACAACCUCAGUUUGGAUAUAGCUUUAGCACACCUCAAGGUGACCAGUUUGUAGCACAAGGAGUGCCUCCCCCUCCCGCAACACCAGGGGCAGGACCUCUGGGUUUUGCCCCGGCAACAACUCCCUCUCAGGACUUGAGCAAAGCCACCCCAGCACAACCAGACUUCUCCUACAGCCAGUAUGGCUUGGGUAACUAUCCUCAGGACCCCUCUGCCUACGGACCAACACGUCCUUCUCACACUUAUGUACAGGAAGAGCAGGGAUAUAGCGCAGGUUAUGGGCAGGACCUGAGUGCUUUUGGUCAUAGCUUUGCAGAUCCCAGCCAGCAAACUGCCUCAUACGCUGCAGCCCCCUCCGCACCCUCGUCAGCAGCCCAGCCGGCAGUGGGCAGCUUCGGACGAGGACAGAACCACAAUGUACAGGGCUUCCACCCCUAUCGACGCUGAGCUGCUGUCCUACCCCCACUGCAAUACACAUCGUCAGGGAUACAGACGUUUUGAUCGCAUACUGAACUGGAUUUUGGGAUUGUGUCUUUCUGAAGAUUGCGAGCAAAUACAAGGUUUAUUGUGGGUAAAUUGUGAAACAGGGGCUCUACUCCGAUAAUAGGAGACCACUGUACUCUUCUAUAUUUUCUAGUAGGACUAACUACUGAAGUAUUUAGCAAUAGAUUUGGAUUGUCUGGUAAAACAUCAGCACAGAACAGACGUGCCAGACAUCAGUGACAGGGUCUCCCAAUUAUCAGCUUUAAUUCUGUUAGUGGGGAAAUGUUUUUAUUUUCAAUUUUGUGAAUUUUGUUUACUCUAUAAGCCUUUUACCAUUUAUUUAAGUUUGAAAUAGAUUACAAAUGUGUAUUAUACACCUAAACUGUGCAAUUUUUUAAAAGAAUUUUGUACUUCUAUAUGUGCGCUUUUCUUGUUUUGUUUUUUUUUUUGUUUUUUUAUUAUUAUUUUUAUUUAAGGACGUAGACUUUCCUCAGGUGGCUAUUAGUGCACUUUGCACUUAUGCAAAAAAGAAAAAAUAUAAAAAUGAGAGUUUAUUUGAAAUAAAUGAUUUAAAGAAAAUGAACAUUGUGCAAGUUCAUUGUGGUGUCUGUUGCCUUUGAAAUUCUCAGAAAUGAGACUGUGAAAGGCCUUUAAUUUAUCUGUUUGUUGAAAUUCAAAGACCAGGAAUUUUUUUUUGUUGUUGUUGUUGUUGUUAUGAAUGGAAAAAGGUGUAUAUUGUCCACAAUUUGAUAUAGUUUGUCAAUAUCCUAGUAUUUAAUUAUAUUACAGUAAGUAUAUUUAUUGGUAGUUGACAUAUGUACUUGAAUUUUAGGUAAAAAUGUAUGAAUGUUUGGGAUGGGACGUUAUAUAGAAUUUUGAUAUAUCGUGAUCCAAAAAAAUUAUUUACCAUAUCGAGGCAAACCUCAACAUUUUUCAAAAUUUUCAACAUUGUUUCCUGUCCAUGUUAUGACCCGUCAAAAUUAAAAUCUUUCUAUAGCUUGAUUUUACCCCUGCUGCGCUUUGCAUAAGGUCCUUGAAGUACUUAAAGCGUUUGAAUUUAGCUUUUAGAAAUGUAAGUACUGGAAUACGUGACAAUCACCUUGUUUUGUUGAAACAUGCUUGCGAUUAAAACAACAUUUCUUCCGUGUAAUGUGUGUCCAUAAAAGAUUAAAUCCACGCACUCCAUUUUCUCUGAAUAA